ACGUAUUGGAAUUUGUAUUCCUCAGUAUGGGUUUCGCUGUGGUGGCUGUCGGGUGUGUAGUGCCGCUCCAUGUGAUACUAAGUUAAGGUUCAUCCGUACCAAAUCGUGUACUGUAUUUGUGAUAAUUAUACACAUAAGAUACAGCCAAGAUGUCAUUCCGUAUGGUCAGACAGAGCAAGUUCCGACAUGUAUUUGGCACAUGUUUAAAAAGGGAACAGUGCUUUGAUAAUGUACGUGUUAGUCAGUCGUCUUGUGACUCCACAUUCUGCGCAGUCAACCCAAAGUUUUGCGCCAUUAUAGUAGAAUCAGGAGGAGGCGGUGCUUUCAUUGUUUUACCCUUAGCCAAAGUCAAUAAGGAGGGAAAGUGGGAACCUGAUAGGAAAGGUGCUUUGGCUGGGAGGAUUCCACCGGACCACCCCCUCGUGGGAGGUCACAAAGGACCUGUCCUCGACAUAGCGUGGGAUCCCUUUAACGACAAUGUGAUUGCCUCAGGGUCAGAGGAUUGUGUCGUCAAGGUGUGGCAGAUCCCUGACUAUGGGCUGGUUACGAACAUGACAGACCCAGUUGUAGAUCUCGUGUUCCACCAGCGGCGAGUUGGCAUUGUCGUGUGGCAUCCGACAGCUAACAACAUCCUUCUUUCAGCUGGCUCUGAUAAUUUCAUUGCCAUAUGGAAUGUAGGGUGUGGGGAAGCCCUCAUAACUUUAAAUAACCACCCUGAUAUGAUUUAUUCGUGCUGUUUUAACUGGGAUGGUUCACUCUUGCUGACAACGUGUAAAGAUAAAAAAAUCAGGAUCAUCAACCCCAGAAAUGGUGAAGUUUUUGAGGAAGCAACUUCACACGGGGGCAGCAAAGCCACCAGAGCCAUUUUCCUCCGGAAUGGUUUAGUCUUUACAACUGGGUUCAACAAGAGAUCUGAGCGCCAGUACUCUUUAAGAGCUCCGGGUCACUUAGAUGAUCCAAUCACAAUGGUAGAGCUCGAUUCUUCCAACGGUGUUAUGUUUCCUAUGUAUGAUCCAGAUACCAAUCUUGUAUAUCUUUGUGGUAAGGGUGAUAGUGUUAUUCGUUAUUUUGAGAUUACGCCUGAAGUUCCUUUCGUUCACUACAUCAACACCUUCCAGUUACCAGAUCCUCAAAGAGGUAUUGGUAUGAUGCCAAAGCGAGGUGUCGAUGUAACCACUUGCGAAAUCACCCGUUUCUACAGGCUCAACAACAGUGGCUUUUGCCAAAUUAUCUCCAUGACAGUGCCAAGAAAGUCCGAGUUAUUCCAAGAAGAUUUAUAUCCAGACACUCCUGGAGAUAUACCAGCAUUGACGGCGGAGGAAUGGUGGGAAGGAGAUUCAAGAGAACCUAUCUUAAUAUCGCUUAAAGAUGGCAUUCAAGCAACACAGAAGGUUGAACUCAAGGUAACCAAAAAGAAGACAAAUAUUCUUGACAGGAUGCCUCCUACCGGAAAAGUGAAAUCAGAAGAGGAGGGCAAGGCUACUGCAUUAUCUUCAGAGGCAUUAGAGAAAGUCACAGAGGUUUGCAAAAUCAACGAUGAUCUUCGGAAGAAAAUAGAUGAAUUGCAGUCGGAAAUGAAGAAAUUUAAAGCAGUGUUCCUAAAACAAGAAAACAGAAUCAGGGGCCUAGAGAACAAACUAUCUGAACUCACUGGAACGCCUGUGGCUCCACCUCCAACGCAGGGUAAAAAAUCAAGCUCAAAGAAAGUAGCGAAAUAAUUCGGAGGUCAGAGAUUGGCAUAGUAUUACUGUAUAGGCCCCAAGUUCCCACGCAGCAAAUACGGUCAACAACAAUUGUGAUAUGGCCCCAGAUGAGGUGUAAAUACCAAAGGAGGCCAUACCUGAGCCCCAGUAAGACAAGGAGUUGUUGAUGUCUGUUGUGUUUGCGUACACACACUCACACCAUGUUGCGUCCUGUGCUUCACGUCAAUCAGGGAUACCACAAGAAGAGCCACUGUUGCUGAAGCUGUUUACAGUAGUCCAUGCACUUACUCAUUAUCCUGAAGUUUAUGAUGAAUAGUGGACUUGAUUCUUGCAGUGUUCUGUGAAGUGAAGAUUGAUUGUGAUGCAUCAGUUGUAUAGUCCUUACAAAACCAAUAAGUCAGAAAACUAAUUUGUACUGUAUUUGUAAAUAUUGUGAGGGGCUCCCUUUCAAGAGUCCUUCCAUCGCUCACUAGUGACUACCAGCUGACUCAACCCAGUCAUAGUCAUGUGUACAGUAAUUCAUGUACAGGCCUGCUACUAGUUGUAAAUGUUUGUUCUUCUACUCCGCUGGUGGGAAAACACAAAGUAGAAUGAGGUUUAUGUGCCUUGCCAAUGAUUGUCAAGUUCAUCAUUGCUUUUAGGAUGCAUGGGACCUUCCUUACCAUUUACCUUAAUACAUUGUACAGUAGUAACUUAACCCUCUGUAAACAAUUUGUUACAUCCUUCAGCCCAAACCUUAAUAUACUUUAUUUGGUUAAGACGAAUCUGAUUCGUACUUCAUUCCUUGACCAAAACUAGGAAACCAUUGGUGUUUGGAAAACACUUGUACAAAACUUUGUAUGCCUGUAAUUGAUUAUUUUAAUAAUAGAAAGGUUUCUUGAAAAGUAGAUAGAAUAUUUAUUUGCCCAGUUGUUCAGAAUAACAACCUACAGAACUGAGAUGUACAGGCAAGGGUGAAGUCUCUGGCUGCUUCAUUGAUUUUUUUUUUUCUUUGGCUCGGUGUAGUUCCUAUGCAGAGUGUCCGCUUGUUAUUAACACCCAUAAGAGGUUGAUUAUAGCUUUAUCCCCACAUAAUUGUUAGGUUGAUACUUUCAUCAGGUCAUUUGUUAUAGAUUGUAGCUGUAACGUCCUGUUGGCCCACAUAUUGAAUUUUAUAGUGUAGUACAGAAAUGUAGUUGCAAAAAAUUGAAAACCAAACAAGUCUAGUGGCCAAUUGGGGUUAAGACUUGGAUCUCAUGUAUUCUAACUUCUUACUCUAAAUUAGGGCCUGAUUUUUUUUAUCUGUAAAUGGGUAUGAUUUUAUGCCUAUGAAUAUUUGGUGAUUUCAUCUUAUUUAUUAAUACCUGUUAUGUUGAACUAAUGUUGCCCUGCAAACUUGGAAAUAUAAGGCAGAGACAUGGUGGACUUUGCAACCAAUCCCACAUCAGAGAUAUUUUCUCUGAUGGGUAUGUCAUUACCACUUGUUAAAUAUGGUGCUAUUUAUGAAAAUUUUAAUUUUGAAGAAUUACAAGUUUGAGAGUUCUUGAGGUUUUAUUCAUGUUGUAAUUUAUAACUAAAUGCCAUGUCUCUGACUGUUGUCUUGUGUCUUAUUGUGUUCCUUCUGAGUUUUCCCUGUUACACUGGUCAGGUACCACUUGCAACACCUUCAGGAAGUGGCUUGUAGUACAAGUGGUAAGGGUUAGUGAAGCAUCUAGUUGUUUUGUAGACCUAUAUUCUAUUAAUAAUGUUCAGGGUAAUUAGUUUUAAAUCAAAGUUUACGUAACCCAUAGUAGUGAAUAAUAUUUUGCCAAGGUCAAUGUUAAAUUAACAAUUUUCUUGUAUUAAUUUAAUUGAAAAUUCUUGAUAGAUAAUUUUCUACCACAUGACUUCAUUUACCUUUCACCAUAACCAUUGUUAUAAGGGUUCUCAACUGACUUUGCUUUAGCCUUCUGAAUAAUGAAAAUAUUCUCUACCUAUUUGGACAAGGAAAUGCUUUUUUAUUCUUGAAUAAAUAAUGCAGAAAAUGUAUGGGAAUUGUCUUCUCUGUUUUUAAACCAAAGCUUUUGUUUUUCAGUUUUGAGUUGAGCUCCUGCUAAUUGUCAAUUUUUAAAACCCAUUUUAUUAAGAUUAAUUGAAUAGGCAUUAUGUUCUUGCUAACUCAAAUUAGUGACCUUUACUAAUGUCUGUUAGUAAGGAGUGGGGUUAGGAAUGACCAUUAGCCAUGCUUACGAUGUGAUUUUGUGAAAGUAAUCUUCUUAAGAGUCUGUUAAAGGAGUUAUCUACUAAUGACCUUACUACUCCCAUCUCCACUGUCUUGUUUUGUCAGUCUUUUUCUGUUGAUUGUUUUUACCAAUGUUUCACAAAGAGAUGAUAUAGAAUUCCAUCACAAAUAGUUUGUGUGGACUUUUAUGUAUAGAAUUAGGUAUAAAUAUUGUAAAGUUGUAAAAAUGAUAUAUGUACAGACAAUUAUUCAACUCUUUUAUUUUUUGAAAAUGGAGCAAAUUUGAGUUUGUUAGGAUAGAUUGGCAAAGGAAGUGAGGAAUUGCCUCUAAUACUGGAAGUAGAGAAUGUUUUGGAAAGUGUUCAAGGUUAAGAAGUGAAGGGGGAGUAAAGACUGAAAAUUCUGCUUUGGUAUGCCUUUUCAUGUGGUUCAUGGCUAACAGCAGAAUUUUAUUUAUUUAUUUUUUUUUUUUUAGUUAUUGUGCGAUGUCUGGCAUUUAGGAAAAGUGGUGCUAUGCUGUACUUGCAAAUUUGAGCCAAUUGAUGUAUUAUGUGUUCUAGGUAAUGUGCUGUAUGUUUUUGGCUCCCAAAUCUUUGUGCCUUAGCUCAAGCUCAGGGCAUGUUUUAAUGCCCUGGUGCUUUAUACCCCACACCUUACAUUUUGCUGCAACUGUUUUAAGAAUAUGUAUGUGCCAUUGAUUAUGCUCCUUGUAACAUGUUCAUCAUACCAGAAGUAAAGUCUUUUAUUGUGAUUACAUUAGAAUGCUAUACCAGUACCAAUUAUAUAUGUAUAUAUAAUAUAUAAAUAUAUAAUGUAUAUGGGUAUACAUGAUAGAAUUUACAGUGAUGUGUAGAUUCCAUGGGUAAUAAACUAACUUGGAGCUGGCAAACAGGUUGAAGAUGAGAUUUAUCAAGUGAAAAUAAAAUUUCUGCAUAUUUAACAGUUCUUUUAAGGUUUUAAAUUAAUUUAAAAUUUAAUUUUGAAAUCAAUUUUUCUACAUGUUUGCUAGUUAAUUUUAUAGUUACCUGAAUAAUCAGUCACAAAAGCCUCUUGGAGACAGUUCAUUUUAAUCUUGGGAAUCAAUUUGAUUCAUAGACUGUGUGAUACUGCUUGUCGACUUGGUCAGAAUACAAUGGCCGUAUCUGCACACGUCUGAAAAGGCUAGCAUACUUCUGUACUUAAUGCACAAAUUUUGUAAUUGUAUUGAAAAUAAAAUAGGAAUUUUUUUAGAUAA